AUGUCGAUAGCACCCGCCUCGACAGCGCUCGCCGCAGCGUCCAGAGCCGCACGCCUCUCUUUCCUGUAUCCCGGCGCCUCCUCAUGCACCGUCUCAACACUCAGUCGCACCUACGCGACCCGCAGCAGAAGGAGCGCAACGGCUGAACAUCUCACACAACCAUCCUCAUCUCGACAUGCCAUGUACUCCGCCGCCACCGCCACCGGCCGGAGGCGUCUUUCCACGUCCGCCAGCCCUUCGACGUCCACAUUCACCUCCCGCGCACACACAGCAUCUACAUUCCCUCCUUCCGUUUCGUCGUCCCGACUAAGCGCAUCCCGCGCUUUCGGCUCCUCGCCAGCAUCCUUUAAGCCUUUGUUGGAUCCCGUCCGUCCCUCAAGUAACGACACGGCCGCCGUGGACCCGGCGUGCGCUACUUUGUCUCCCUCCUCGCCUGCCUCGCCAAAGUCGCAAAAGGAUCCUCGCGCGCCUACGCCAUCGCCCGCCACACCCGCUCCUACCGCCGCAGAUCCAGCUCCCACCACCAAUCUCACACCCUCCAAAGCCGCCGAGCUAGCCAGCGACCCCAGCGUCGCCGCCACCAUGCCGCAAGCAACCGCAGCCGCCACGACUCCUCCCAAAAAGGCGUCCUCAGAUCGCGGCACCAAAUUCCGCUCGCGCACCGCCGCUCUCAAGCUCACUCCCACCGCCGUGCUUCGAUUGCGCGCGCUCAUGGACUCCGACUCGGGCCCCAAGAUGAUCCGUGUCGGCGUCCGCAACAAGGGCUGCGCCGGCAUGUCUUACCACCUCGAGUACAUCAAGCCGCAGGAGGCAGGUCGCUUCGACGAGCGCGUCAAGCAGGACGGCGUAGAAGUCCUCAUCGACAGCAAGGCGCUCUUCAGCAUCAUCGGCAGCGAGAUGGACUGGCAGGAGGACCGCCUCAGCGCAAAGUUUGUCUUCAACAACCCAAACGUAAAAGAGGCCUGCGGCUGUGGCGAGUCCUUCCUCACAUAG